UCGUCCCACACUAGUCGUCUUGAGGUCAUCAGAGGGCGAGGCUAACCAUCCUGUUCAGUGUCAGGCAGGCUAACUAUCCUGUUAAGUGUCAGACUAAGAGUGAGGAGAAAUAGAUUAGGAGACAACCUGGGAUCCCAUUCUAUUGGGGGAUUCUUGGAGAACUUCAGUCGGUCUACUUAUUUUUGUCGUUACUGUGAGAGGCAGUAUGAGCAGGGAGGAAAGUGAGGAUACAGGAUACGUUAGGAGAGACGCCAAGGAAGCAGUGUGGUCAUACUUGCCUGAUCUCCCUGAUGACCUUCUUACCACCAUGCUGGAUGAGCUUGGGGUCGAAUCUAUUGAAGAUCUGACCUUGGUGGAGGAAAGGGAUCUGGUGAAAUACCUCAAACCUAUCCAAAGUCGGAAGUUAAUGAAGGGCAUCAAGGAUGGACUUGUUACUCUUAAUAUGGAGUUGGUCUCUGCUCCUGAUCCAAGUGCUCCAAGUUCCCCAACUCCAUGUUCUCCAAACACAAUAUUCCAGCCUCCAAAUCAGCUGUUGCCCAGCCCUCCAAGCACUGCCCCAAGCAUGUCAAGCGCUUCACAGCCUGGCGUACCAUGGCAUGUUGACUUUCGUCUCAACUGGGACCAGGUGUCAUCAGCCAUUCGACUUAGAGUGGAAAAAGAAGAAAGACCAUUGCCAGACGAGAGAAAGGCCUUCGUGGUCGUGCUCGUGGACCAAAUGAUGCAGCAUGACCGCAACCCAACCAGAGCCAUGUGCCACAGCGUUGUGAGAAACAUUAUCAGGAGCCAUCCAAAAUCAUUUGGCGACAUUGGCAAGCAUGGUGAUACUGCUGGAGACGGAUGUCACUCUCUUCUGCAACAAGUAAAAACGAGAGUGGAGUACAAAAAUAGGAAUAAUACUCUUGCUCAACGCCGCAGAGAAAGAAGACCGCGCACGGGAAUGGCAGGAGAGGCCAGACUGGCAAGAGGUCCUGUUGACCAAUACGGGUGUGUCAGGUGGGGCCCAGCAGAUUUGCCAGAGGGGGAGACUGAGGCAAUGUUGGAGAAUAUAAAGAGGGAUCUGCUGAACAUCUACUCAGAGGAAGGAAUGAGUGGGGCAGAGAGAGCAGAACCAAUGAUGGAAAAGACAUACGUCAUCCUGCGGAAAUACCUUAACAAAGAGCCUGCUGCAGCGAUGUCUGAGAUCAAACAGGAAUGGCCAUUUCUCUUCUCUCAGAAAUGCCUAUUCUCACACUUUGGCCUCCUGACGGACGUCGAUGUCCUUCAGAAGCUACAGGAGGCAAUUAGUCGACGAGGACAGACCAUCCUGGAUUAUUGUGCAACACUGGACAACCCCAAGAUCCGUGAUGUUCUGGCCUGCUAUGAUCCAGACUCUGACAAGGCUGCCUGCAUCCUGCUGCUCCUAAUGUUGUAUUUCAAAGAGCCGAAAGAGAGUUUGAUGCUUGAAGUUGAUCCAUGUGCCACUGCUGUGGACGUCAAUACUGCAGAACUCCCCGGCACCCCCUGCUUGAUCAUUCAAGGUGACAUGAUGAAGCCCUCUGGAUGGCUUGUAUCCAUCGAGGGACAUGUCGUGAUGGGCCCACACCCUUUCUUUUUACACGGAGUAGCUGCUUUCUUCAGCAGCUAUUACGUAUUCAACCUUGAGUAUCCUGCCGCUGGAUCUUCGACGCUGGAGUUCAUUCAAAGGUGCUUCCUGGGCAUCAAUCCUGAAAGAGGCUCAAAGACCAAGAAGCGGACAACAAUGAACCCUCAUGUGAGCACCCUUUUGAGGAAACUUAUUGACUUUGAGUGGGCAUCAUAGUUUUUUUUUUUGCAGCGGUAGUUGUCAGGCUCAGUUUUGAGUAGCCUUGUUCUUUUUGUAAUUUUUCAAGACAACUUUGCCCUACAAGAUUUUUACACAAUGCUGUUGCGUGUGGACUCAUAAUGUUUGAGACUGAGAGGAGCGCCUGACCCCUUUACGACAUUCCUUCAUCACUCUCUCCCUUGCUGUCUUAUCUUGCCAUGAAGGCCUCAUUCCCAUCCUGUCCAUUACUGUUAUUGUGACACAGCUAGUUGAAUAGAUGAAUUUUGAGACAGGUAGUUGAAUUGCAAGUUUGCACAAUUUCUCUGCAUUUUCUGCAUUUUAAGAUGGCUUUUAUGACUAGAAAGUUGAAUUUCUUGAACUCUUGAAGUUCUUGGCAUCUGCUGUACAUUGAAAAACAUUUAUUUGUUAAUAAAUAUGCCAUUGGGCUAACGUUGA